UUAGUUGCACGAAUUCAAAUCGACUCGACCACAUGCAAGUAUCAUAUUGGGUUUGUAUUUGUAUUCGGAUUGCAUUUGCACUGCGUCGUCAUUCGUUGACCGUGGUGAUUGUUAAAUAAUCAUUACACACCGCAUUUAAAUCGUUUGUAAAAUUACCCUAUCGCGUGUGCGAAAGAGACGAAUACAACUACUCUAUUACGAGAAGAAAAUUGUGCUAGAAAUUCCGUAGCCCGUUGAGAAAGAGAAUCAAAGCGAAUGACAGAAACAAUUAUAUUAGCUUAGCGAAACCGAGUUACGGUUUUCAAAGUCGUUGCUUGAAUUUAUUCGAUAGCAACGUAUUGAACAGUCUGCAUGAAUACGCUAUACAGUUACGUUGUGAGCAGAGAGAAAGAAUAAUGUGGUGCAAGUUCGUGUCAUACCACAUCGAUUUGAGCUAAAGAAAAGUGAAAUUUUGCCUACCGUUUAUUUUCAACGAACGUCGCACGAAAACACAACACUCUUGCCCGUCGAUUUCUGAAUUCGUUUGGAUUUUCGAAAAAUCAGUUAUUUUGGUACCAGUCAUCUGCGAUGAUAGAAACUGUGAUCUAAGUUGUUCAUUCGAUCAUUUUCGGGCUCGUGCAAAAAUACCCAUAUUUUAUUUUGAUUAAUUUUCGGUGAUGUGUGAUUUGAGAUAAUGUGAAAAGAAGAUUAUUCACAGAAAACAGUUCUCCAAAUAAAACGUAGCAGUUUUUCAAUGAGUCUAUUUGAACAUGGACGACAAAUGGAUUAAGCAUAUUGACGAUUCAAACAACAGGUAAAAUCAUCAAGAAAACUCGAUUUAUUUGAUCGAUUUACCGAAAUAAACAGCAAAUGCGCACAAAUAUGUAUUUGAAAAAAAAAAGUGUGUGAUCAUUUAAUUAAAUUGAAUAGAAAAGAGAGCAAAUGUAUAUUUGUGACUUGAAUUAACCUUGAGCAUUUUGAAUCAACAAUGUGCUGAAUAGCCUGUGUUUUUGUGUUGCUUCCACACAUUUAAUUCGGUGAUUCAUUCAAAUAGAGGCGUUUGGUUUACAAUUUUUGCAUGCAAUUUGUGCGUAGAGUGCACGGAAUAGAGUGAAAGAGACAGUUUUCAGUUAUUAUUUAGUGUGAAUAUGUACAGAUUUUUGUUUGUUCCGCCUUAUGUGGAAUGCGAUUCAGUAAAUACGUGCCGUGCUGAUUAACUCGUCGUCAAUGCGAUUGUAGUGUGAAUGUCGUUCGGACGAUAAGUAUGACUGGGAUUCGAAUAAUUUGUGCCUACGAUAAAUAUGUUUAUUUGCAACAAUGAGUCGAUUGUUGUGCCUGUCUCUAUGAAUUCACACAAUAAUCAGUUGAUUAUUGUUAUCAUAUUCGAACAGGCAGUUAUUUCGAUUGAAUAUUUUUCCUUCAUCCGACUCUCGUACAAAAAAAAAAACACUUCCGAUACACUAAUUUAAUUAAUAUGUAUUAAUUGGUAAUUGAACGGCAACCGUACGUAAUGCACAGUUGCCGUUGCUGCUACCGCUGCUCUGUACAUGCAAUAAAGUGUAUUUCAAUCAACUGAAUGGGUGUUUGUGGGUUGUGCGCGCGUGAUUUACCUAAAACGUUUAAUUUUUUCCGUACUUCCAUAAACAGCAUACACGGGCAUAUAUUUAUAGUGAACUCAAUAUUGUCUCUCGACUCAAUGACAUUUGGCGAAUUCCUUCUCCUCUUUCCUAUUUAUUACAGUCGUUGCUUUUUUAUGGUUUUUUUUUUACAUUUUAUCGAUUUUGAUGUUUGUUUGCACAAUAUCGUCAUGUGUACGUUGUACAUCAAUAAUGAUAGUACAUCGAUACAGCCCGUGUUCACUGCUAAUAAGACUAUACAAUACACAUAUUAAGCUCAACAAAAGGUGAUUUUAUCGAAAACUCUACAUGGUCGAUAUGUUUGAGAUCCGAUCGAUUGGCGAUUAUGUCAUGUACCGUUGAAAAAUUAGAAGAGUGACAAAAGGCGUCACCAACUGCCAACUCCGUACAAAUGGCACAUUUUAAGUGAAAAAAAAGCGCUGAAAUUAUAUCGGGGGGGCAAGACUAAGAUUGACUGUGAAACAUUUUUUUGCCGUGAAUAUGCGACACAUCACCGAAAAGAAAACGUUUGCUCACAAAUUCAAGCUCACACACGACAACGGCGAACAAGCGAAAGAAUUGAAAGAAGAAGAAAAAAAAAACGGAUGGUGGUCGAAAAGAGGAUUUUAUUUGUUUUUGUACGUAGUGAUUUUCCUUCGAAUAUCGCUAAAAAUAGCCCAUUUAAUAUACUAGCGUUUAAAACUACACGAGCGACAACAAAUCCUUUCUCUUAUGUAUGUAUGUAUAGUAUACAUUUUGUGCGGCCAGUAUAUUCAACUCUACGUGGGAAUUUAUUGUGUCACACAUAAAUUCUGACUCAGUAUUUAACUUUGGUUCGGAAAAAAAUUCAUUUUUUUUCCAUACUCAUUCAUAUGGUGAAAAGAAGAAGUCCCAUUGAAAUCACCUUAAAAAAAGGAUGAGUUAGCGAAAGUGUAUCAGCAGUUGAGAGGAUUACAAUUGUGCAUUUGCAAGUCUUCCGCUGUGGGUUGUUCAUGAGAAAUUUGGAAUUUUGAGCUAAAUUCAUAAACACACACGACAAAUGUAUACCAUUUCUGUUUUGUUUCGGUUUGACUAGCCACAUUUAUAUUGUGCAUUAUUUUGCGUUGAUGAUGUGUGUCAAGAGCUGUACAGAAAAAAAAGAGGGCGAUGUAUUAUAAUAAAAGCCUACUAAUUAUGGCAAACACAAAUAUUGAGUGCCUGUAGAAAUUUCGUGGUGCCAAAUUACUGAAUGACGUCAUCUCUUUAUUUUCUGCAUGGCGUAUGCAUAUUAUCGCCGUAUCGUGGAAUGCACAGUCAAAAUUUAUUUAAUUGAUAGGGAAAUUAACGAUUUGCUGUGUCUGUUCUCCUUGCACAGAACAAAAUCAAUGGAAAACAACAGUUGGAUUCCAACAUAGUUUUUCUCAAAUAGUCAAUCGCAAGUGUAGUUGAACUGUAACAUAUUCGUGUAGAUGAACUUUUCGUACGUAGAAGAAAAAAAAUUAGCAGUUGCAUGCAUUGCAACUGCAACAGCAAAAGCAACAGAAGAAAACAACAACAAUGACCAAUGCCGCUCAACACCAUAGAAAUAGAAAAUAAACCAAAACUGAACGAAGAUAUACCGUUCAUACACAUACGCUAGCGCGCGAAUCAUCAACACUUAUCAUCAGCGUCGACGACGAUGACGAUGACGACGACGACGACGACGACGACGACUUCGUCAUUCAGAAAUGAAAUGCAUACACAUGUGCUUCAGUGCCGAGAAUUCGCUCGGUGUCGCUAUUCGUAUUUGGGCACAUUGCUGUUUGUACUCCGUACUCGGUCGUAAAAUAGAAACGGCACUUCAAUGAGCAAUGCGAUGAAAAGAGAGGCACAGUCACCACAUCCGAACACGCGUCGCUGGUGUAUGUAUGCUGGUGACGGCGACGUGUAUAUGUAUGCAUGUGUGCGGCACAUCGCGUUGGUUGCGAAUGAGUGAUAUCGAACGAUAUCCAUCCUCUGAAGGAAAAAUAGAAAUAAAAUAUGGAGGCCUAGGUAUUAGAGCGAUGUUACGGUUUCGCGUGUGCUGUACUGUGUGUUGUGUCAGCUCCCCGAUUUUCGAAUUGUGGAAAGAAAAAAAUCACACCAAAUUUUUUGCUCAUUACAAACAUCCAUCCGCAGCAACAGCAACAGCACUAGCAGAUAUCAAUGUAAUUAAAAAGUGGCAAAUUGUAGCGAAAUCGAAAGAGAAGUCAUAAAACCAAGUGAAGUACGCAGAACGUGUACACUGUACAGUCGAUUGUAUAAUAGCAAAGGAAAAGAAUAGAAUUGUCGCAGUAAACCUUGAAUGAACGGUGAAACGAAAAGAAAGUAUAUUCUCAUUGAAACCAAAAGAGGAAAUAGUCAAACAAAAUAUUAGAAUAAAAAAAAAAACGAAACUGUGUGACAAAAACGGCAGGGAUUUCGAGCAAACCCCAAACCAGCGACCGAGUAUAAUAUGCCUGCAAUUUCGACGCGUUUUCCAACGACAAGAAGUACGUACUUGCCAUCCAGCACAGUUGAAUCGUAUCGAAAAUCCAGUUAUUCGAGCAGCGGCAUCGGCAGUGGAUCGAGCGCUUUCGUCGACAUCCCAUUUCGUCGAUCGAGCUUGAUUGGAUCCUAUCGAAGUGUUAAUGGAGAUGAUACAUCAACAGCAUCCGGCCGAUCUGGAGUAAGUACACGAUACACGUCCACGUCCUACACCAUACCAUCAACAACCAGUACAUCGUUCACACGCAAAAGCAUUGAUCGUGAUUUUCGUAGUAAGCCACCAAUCGGGUCCCGUGUUCGAUCCGAAAGUCGUUUCCGUGAUUUAUCAUUGGACAAUGGCUACACCACAUCAUCAACCAUAAAACCAAUUAUCGAUUCAUCACCACACUCACUGACCAAUUCGAAACGUUUAUCCACCUCAUCAUUAGCACGAACAGUUGCAACGUCUGGUGCCGAUUUAUACGAUAAAUACAGUGUUGCCAAUUAUAAACCAAGUUGUGAAUUGUCACGUUCUAGAUCGCUGACUGAUUCCAAACUAAUUGACUCACUAAAUGCAAAUCACCAUUCAAGCUCAAGGCGAUCCACAUCUAAGGAUCGCAUCUCAUCCGGUUCACUUUUAGCUGGCAGUGCAAGCGAUAGGGACUAUCUAUCAAACCAUCGAUCAACAUCACCGAUUAGCGCAAGUGUGAAGGUAUCGACGACAGGCAACGGCUCUGGCGUGUGCGCGAACGACACAAAAACAAAUAGUGUGGCCAGUGUUCUCACAGUAAAUAGUAAAGUGAAUAAAACGAAUAAUAAUCAAAAUCAGACUAUGAAUGGCUAUAAAUCGAUGAACGGAACAAUCGCCAUUCAAAAUCUCAACAAUAAUAAUGAGAGAAAGGCAGUUUUGUCGAGUGAUUCAUUUAAACGUAGACUUGGCACGAAUCCACUGUCACCCUAUCGAAAUCCAGACUUUUUGAAAUGUGAAUAUGAUUUAGCACGUAGUCAAGUAGUGAAUUCGAGAUCAAGAUCUGCGUGUGGUGAAAAGAACAAUAAUAAUAUAACUAGUGAACUAAGUAAAACCAAUGGAUUAACGUCAACAUCACUGACAUCAUCACCAGCCAAAGACUCGAACCGUAAUAAAAUUACAAUAUUUGGCGUGAAUUCAGCAUCACCGUCAAUAACAACCAGUUCAUCGAAUUCCACAUUGGUUGAAGUUUCCUCAAAAUGUGUCAAACCAACAGAACCAACCGAUAACAAUUCGAAUGAAAAUAUGAACGCAAACUGUGUUCAACAGCACACCGUCGACAUUCUAGAUGACAUUAAAUUUAUUGAUAGUGACGAUUCAGAACGAAGACAUUCGCCAGGCACGGUGAAUGUGGCUUUGCUUAAAGAAUAUUUCAAUGACAACAUGGCGCUAAGCAAAAGCAUUAAAAACACAUCAACACUCCCAACCACCGGAGCAUCCAAAAAACUCAAUGAAUUGUUUACAAACAAAUACAAUACGAUCACGAAUGGCAAUUGUGCACAUCAGGCAAACGGCCAUUUCGGAAAUGGAAUCGCCCGCAAGGCGGUACCAGAGGAAAUGCUCUCGUCAACAUCAUCGUCAACGUCGACACUGUCGGCAAUGACCGAGUCAUCGACAUCGUCAUUGCUGGCCAAAAGUUCGACAGCUAAAGAAAAUGGCACCACAAUCAAACUGAAUCAGAACCUAAAUCAUUUAGAUGGUGGUGAUUCCAUAAGAAAUAGUUCCGUCCGAGCCGCCUUGCCACCAACACCGAAUCGCGAUGGAAAAACAACAUCGUCAUCAAUUUCUAGUCGAAUUCUACCCGAUACGGAUGCCUUCACAAAGUCACUUGCAGCUAGCUCAAUUUCGGAUAAAACAUCCGAUACCGAUAAUACAGAAGGACUGUGCGGCCUUCGUAACAUAGGCAAUACAUGUUUCAUGAACUCAAUCAUACAGUGUUUGGGCCAUACCAAAGAUUUGACGCGUUACCUCAAAACAAAAAUCGACAUUCGUUCGUCUACGGCAGCCAAAGAUUCGCGAAUAGUUACGGAAUUCUCCAAAUUAAUCAAAGAAAUGUGGACUGGUGCGACCAGUUCGGUGACGCCAAGUGAAUUAAAAUUAGCAUUCUCAUUGAAACAUCGAAUGUACAGUGGCUGUUCGCAGCAAGAUGCUCAGGAGUUUCUGCGAUUCUUUUUGGAUGCUCUGCACUGCGCACUGAACAAUGGAACCAAAGGUGAAAAGCUCGAAAUUGACGAAAGUCUAUCGGACAACAUUAAGGCUGACCGAACAUGGGAAUGGUAUUCAAAGGUGGAAAAAUCAGUUAUCAAGGACUUGUUCGUUGGCCAAUUGAAAAGCUCAUUGAAGUGCACCGUCUGCGGAAACAGUAGCGUUACGUUCGAUCCAUUCUGGGAUUUGAGUGUGUCGCUACCAACAUCAAGCCGUUGCAAAUUGGAAAGUUGCUUGGAUUUAUUCAUAAAAGAGGAGGUCUUGGAUGGUGACGAAAUGCCAACCUGUUCGAAAUGCAAGACUCGCCGAAAAAGUACCAAAAGUUUCACAAUUCAACGUUUUCCAAAAUAUUUAGUCAUUCAUCUGAAGCGUUUCUCGGAAACACGUUGGAGUAAAUUGACGAACAUUGUUGAGUUCCCAACUGGCGAACGGGAAUUAAAUAUGGCACCAUACGCGGCCAAUUCAGCCUCAGUACAAUACACUUUGUAUGGCAUUUGCAAUCACAUGGGAUCAACGGCUGGAGGUCAUUAUGUGGCUGUUUGUAAACAUCCAACAACUCGAAAAUGGCACGAGUUCAACGAUAACAUUGUUAGUCCGAUCUACGAAAGUGGUUUGAUUUCGUCCAGUGCUUACGUGCUGUUUUACGAACGAGUGUAAGGAAUGAACAUUUUUUCAACCAAAUCUAUCCAAAAUAAAAAGUGAACACAGACAACAUAUAAGCAAAUCUACGAUAAAUUUAGCUGAAAAAAAAAAAAUCACACACCUAACAAUUUCAACAAAAAGAGUCAUAAGGAAAUAUGAAAAUUGUUGAGAGAGAAAAAAAUUGCUUGAGAUAUGAAAUAAGAUGUGAAAAAGUCAAAUUGUGUACCAAAUAUGAUGAAAUUAAUUGUGUGAGAUCAUGGAGAGUAAUGCUAUGCGUCGAUAGAUUUUGAACACUCAAUUUUUUUUUCAGAAAUAGUCAAUAAUAACAUAAUAGAACGAUUGUAAAUAGCUAGCGAAAUGGGCAAACGAGUUGAAGUUUAAAUUUGAAUAUGAAUAUGCGAGUGUAGCCGAAGGUGAACACUGAAAAUGAUUUAAUGAAUACAACGCAGGCACACCCAAUUCAUAGCAUAGAUAGCAUAUUCAGAAGUCUAUUUAUUUGAUAUUUAUUUAUUUAUUUGUUUUUUUUUUUCUACGAUAACUUAUUAUACCGAGUUGUUUUUUCUUUACAAGUCACAUGUGUUUGUGUCCAUUGACUUAAUUUAUUUCAAUUUCCCUUCGUUUUUUUUGUAGUUGUUGUUAUUUCGUCCAUUUAAGUUUUUUUUCGGUUUUCUACUAUUUGUUUUAUUUUCUCUCUCUCUCUCUUUCUUUCUCUCCAUUCAAUCUUCUCUAGGCAUGAAAUCAAUCAGAAUAAUUUAGUCAAUGCGUCCAAGCAUCAAACAAAGCAAAUUUUUCAUAAUUUUUUGUCAAAAUUACCGUUGUCAUCAUCUAGUCAUUAUUGGAAUGUAACCAAUCAUUUCAGCAAUCAAAACUCAACGCAUGCAACACAUUCACUCAAUUAUGAGCUUUUUAACAAUCCAAAUGCAAGUGUGAGCACGUCAAUGCAAAAUCAACACGACAAACAAUUCGCUAUAAAUUUCAACAACGAGCUUCUACACCGGCACUUCAAUCAAACCGCCGCUAUAUCCAAUCAAAAUUACUAUCAUGGAUUUCAAUAUUACGGUCUAACCGAUUCCUGUGCUCGUUCCACAUGCAAACAUCGUCGAGCAUCGCAAUUAAUCGAUCAUAUCUCUGAACUCAUUGCACAUUUCAUGGGAAACUAUCACGUAAUCUCACAUGUUAUCAUUGGAAUCGCAUUCUACGUUAUUCUUUUUUACUUUAUUUAUUGCAUCAAAUGAGCCACAUCAAAAUGAAACUAAUGAAACUGGCUCUUGGUCGACAUUGACUCAUUCGAUCAUACAUACAUGCGUUGUAUGUGACGUUCCGAACUCACAAGAAAAGAAAAUUCGUUGAAAAUUUACUGAACGAUUUAGAUUGCAUCAUUUAAUAUACGAUAGUCCUUCGAAAAAGAAAGUAAAAGCAUUGUAAACCAUCUGUUGUUUGACUUUUGCUUCUAUUUUUUCUUUUAUUUGUUGUUAUCUUCAUUCGUAAGCGUUCAAAAAUCAGAGUAAAUGAAAACAAAAUAUUUUGUAUGAUUUUUUUGUUAGACUAUAUGAACAUUUAUCAAAUGUUAUUUCUUUCGGAGCCGAAGAACGAAUUAGGAAUCGAAAUAAUUUCUAUGCAAAUAUGUAUUUAUUAGGGCGGUGAAACGAGAUGUAAUGUGUAUUUUUGUAAGUGCAGACAAAUGUGUGUUUGUAACGAGGAAAAAAAAGGAAAGUAACUGCAACCGACAAAAGAAUGUAAAAAAAAAGUAUAAGUUUGAAAAGUGAACGUUGAAAUGUAAAUAGCCUUAUACAUAUAUGCAUACUGGCAAAGAAUUUAGGUUCAAUCAAAAAACCAAAACAAAAUCCAAUUAAAAUAAACUUAUGAAAUCUUUUAUCUGGUCAAUAGAAUGUUGGUCCAGGCUUUUGUGUCGAGAUGUAGAAUUUGUCGAACUAAACGACCAAAGUUUGCAAAGGUUUUACAUACGAAGAAAAAGAUGUGUUCUUGUAAUUGUCCACAGUUGAAGGGAAUGGAACAAAAAUGGUUUGUCAUUGACAUUGAAAACGAAGCAUUGAUGUAAUCAAAACUUUACAUGCUUCGCAUUUCUUUGAGAUGGGCCAUUUUUACACCAGAGCCGUCAAUUGCUAAAUUUACCCAAAAAUCACACUAUUUUCGCUCUGUACCGAGACUUAGACGUUAAUCAAACGGAACGGUUCUCUGGAAACAAAAUGUGAAGAAGAGCAAUGAACAUCCACCGUACGAUGUUCAUGACGAGAGCAAAUGUAACAACAUGUGAUAAAUUUCUAACAAAACUGUAUAAAUGUAAAAUGUGCACUUGAAUUUAUUUGUAGGCCAUACACACACAGUGACACACACUCACACAAACACUAAAUUAGACAACUCAGUUGAUUUCUUCGGUUAAAUUUGAUUCUCUCUUGUGUUUUUGUUUUGCCUGAGUCUAUUUUGGCAUUGCAGCAUGACGAAAAAAAUAAAACUUACGCAAGUCGUGUGAGAUGAACAAAUUUAGAAAUAUGAUGAAAUUAUAAAAUUGUUUCAUUAAAAAUGAAAGAUGUAUAUUUUAUUUAUCUGUAAAUAUGUAAGAUUGAUGAAAAUGGAGAACAUUUAAUGUAACAUUUAUAUUCAAAAGCAUGGCAAGUCUAAUAAAUAAAUAAAGGAAUGAUAUUGUAUCACAA